UUUGAUUAGAUGUAUUAAACAUAAUAAUUGAGUUAAUAUGGCACCGAAAGAUUUCCGUUGUAGUUAUUUUCAUUUUGAACCGUUACAUUAUUCACGUCGUGUAAAUGUUUCACAGGCGACACGCAAUCAUGUUCAUCGGCUAUAUCAAUGUUGUUCUCGUUUCUUGUAGGCUUCCUUUACAUAAGAAUGGUGUGGACUCUGACAUUGCUGAACCGGGUUCUCCCUAUCCAAGGCUUUCGGUCCCAGCUGGUCCAAAAGAUGUUUCCAAAACUAUCCCAGAAGCAGAAAAAGAAAUCUUACUGUCUCCUGGUAAAUGGCCUAGUUUUGUACAUCAUUGUACACAAGCUAAGGAAAUCUGGGUUCAGUAUCACCAGCUUUUACCUCAGUUUGGCCUUCGAUUGAAUGAGGAUACAUUACGCAUUGAGAAAGAAUUUCUGUCAAAUUUUAACAACGAAUUUGUCAAUUUUGCUUUUGUCGGAUUGACACCAAGUGGAAGUUCGUCGAUUUCAAAAAUGAUUUCGAAUAAUGCAAACCUUGCAACAAUUGUCUACCAAGCUAAAAGCAGAUCCGAAGAUUUUAAGAACAUUUGCUCACAAAAUCAGAUUGCACCGCUGGUUAUCAUAUCCCAUGUUGGUGCGGAAAAAUCGGCAUUUCUUUAUGCAGAAAAAUACAGAUACGCAAGCAAACCCGAACGGGAUUGUGUUGUUGUUGUUGUAUGCGAAAACAAGCAAUGCAGUCAUAACAAAAGAGAUUUGAACAGAUUAAUCACUUAUACUUGUGAGAGGAAUGUGACGAUGAUACAGAGGGAGAUUUCGAUACUGCUUAAACGAUGGACGUACCGGAUACUAGCUCAAAGAAUAAAUGCAAUGAAGAUACUUUUAGAUUCCAUGAACGAUUGUCAAUUGCCUUCUCCUGAAUGUAUUCAGCAAUUAUGUGUCCAUGGAAUUGAGAAGGAAGUUGGAGCUGUGCAACACAUCGAUGACCGAAUAUGUUCUGUACGAAAACUUAAGGAACUCCUAAAUGAAAGUCGAGCUUUGUAUUCGAGAAACCAUAUACCCCCUACGGACUUCCCAGAUUUUCCCCCGGAAUUGCGAAGACCAAAUGAAAAGAUGCUCAAACAAAUUUCGAAAUCUGAUUAUGUCAUUGGAUGUGGCGACAGAUUCGGAACACUUCUUAUAUUGGUCGACGAAGAGAUAGAAAACAGAGAAACAUUUGAAGAGAAACUGAUAGCAGAAUUGAAGUUUUCCGAUUUAGGAAACGGUGACGUUGAAUUUAAAUACGUUUCAAAAGGACUUAGGUAUUUUCUCAAAUCAGGUGAAACCAUUUUUGUUAAAAAUGACAAAUCCUAUGGAACCCUUGCUGGCUUUGCAACUCAAGACAAUGAUAGUUCGAACGAACAAGGCAACGUUUUUGCCCUCUUUUCUCGACAUGUUGCAGUAUGCUGCUCAAAUUCGAAGCUUAAGGUUCAAGAUGAGAUAGUUGGUGAGGUAUUGCCAUCUGAUGGUGGUUGUAUUGAUAUAGCAGCUGCUAAGAUUUACUCUCACCUUGUGGAAUCCUGUGACAAUACGUUUGUUACUGAAGAAAACACAGAGAAGACAAGUGUUACUUUUGAUCCGAACACAGAAGACAUAUCUUUACCGGGAACUUUAGUUCAUCUUGUUGGCGCUGCAUCUGAAGAAAUAGGACUUGGCAAGAUAACUGUUACAAAGUAUUUCUCAGAGCAGACACAGGAAAUGAACACAUUUUUGAUAGAAAAUAGGGUAAGCAAUACACAUGUAUUUUGUGAACCCGGUGACAGCGGCGCUAUGAUCCUGUCUUAUUUACCAGAUGAUGACAAACUAGUAGCUAUUGGGAUGUUGAUUGGUUCUUUCAAAAACAAAAAUGACGAUAAGACAGAUGCGUUUGCAAAUCCAUUUCCACCAAACAGAAAGAAACAUAGGGCAACAUACGCUGCAGAUGAACUAUAUUCAGCAUUUUAUCUGAAGGAUGGCUUAAAUGAAUUGAGCAAGAUCCAUGGCAAACAGUUCCGCUUAUUUGGCGAAAACAAUAACACGUACUCUUGCAAGGGAAGUAACAAAUGCGACGGAGCUUUUGCUGUUGCCAAUUGACAUGGUCUCACAACAUAAUUGUGAAUAUUGCCAUUCAAAUUACAAUGUUUGAAACGAAACAGAAAAAACAAGAACAUUUUAUUCGAAAUGAUCAUAUCAAAAACAAUGGGAAAUCUAUACGUGUAAAGGAAAUAUCAUUUAAUUAUUAUAUAAUCGUUGCAUUGACGUUUAUAUAUUGAUCGUUCUUAUACCAUCUUUGUAUUUUUUUAUUGAAUCAAUACCUGAUUUGAAUAUACUUGCACUCGGUAUUUGCACUUUUACGACGUUGUGUCUGUUGUUUCAUUCUAUUGCUGACGGCUACUAUGCAAGACUUAAAUUAGGUUUAUUUCAUUAUAUAACAAUAUGUUUUACUCUGCCCAAAACUGAUUGUCAUCGAUCGCAUGUUUUUAAUUUGAUUGCGAGGUAUACCGUAAAAAGAUACGUGUUAUGGUUAUUUCAGUGAAAGAUCGAAUUUUAUUUCACGAGUGUCACAGAAAGCAUAUUUUCCAAAAGAGUUUUUCUUUUUCACGAGUGAAAUUGAAUACGAUCUUACACUGAAAUAAACACAUUUUCUGUUUCCUUUAUGUUUUUUAGGAGUAAUUAUUAAGUUAAUUAUUUUCUUUAAUACCCCUUUUUUGAAGGUAUUAUUUACACCGCUACCCGCGAGACGCCCUUCACGCGAAAUUAUAGCUGAUGUCGUAGCUUUCAAUUUUCUUUUUCUGGUUUGCUAAUAAAGAAUUCUCUGAUAUUCUUCUUAAUAGUUUAUUAUUCGCUUGUGUUUUUAGUACAAAUUUUGUAUGAACAUCAAUCAAUGAAAUUUUAUCAGUUCAUCUAUGUUGAAAAGGCACUUUCAAAUAAUACAGUGCAUGCAGACAUAACCUAAUUACUACGCCGCCUUUAUUGCAUGAAACAUUGUAAUGUCGAUAGUGUUAGCAAAACAAUUGAGGAUGAGCGUCAGAUUUAAAACAUUUGUUUUCUAAAUAUAAGAGUGUUUUUAUGAAUCAUGUAUAUUUUGUAAUCUUACUGUGCCAGAGACCAGUCUGAUUCACUUGAAGGCAGGUCGUUUUCUAGGUAAUGAGCAAAGACCACGCUAGAUUGUUAACAGAUUAUGAGGCGUGGUAUUUCACUGUUGUUAAUUUACUGAUAAAACUUAAUAUUUCAUCGGAAAAGCAUGAAAGAAAUCCCUUUUAUUUGAAUGCUUUGUUGUUAAAUUAUGUUUCCUUACCGUUACAUUUAAGGUAUUUGAAAAAUUCGUCAUUAUUUUCUAUGUUUUGAAUGCUGAUUUUUUUUUUCAUUGUGAAAUUUAUGAUGUGUAAAUGUUCUAUCAACUCAGAUUGCUAUGUUGCAGUGUGUUGGCACUUUAUGUAUGUGUAUGUAUAUUAACACCUUCUCCGUCUAUGCCGUGACCUUUCAACUUUUUGGUUGUCCUACCUAAAGACCUCUUAAAGCUCAUAUCAAACUAUUUCUCACAUGUAUUACUUGCUAUGUUACGUGUUAUUGUUUAUAAGUGUAUUUUGUUUUUUGCACGGCACGGACCAUUUGGCUUAUUGAGCCUGUAUUUAAAAUAUACUAUAUAUAAGUGUAUUUUGUUUUUUUGCACGGCACGGAC